CCUGUCACUCAUAGCAUAGCAUUGCUAGCUAACAGAAGUGCCUACCCGCUCCUGAAGAAAACAACAAAGUCUCGCGCCGGUGGGACACUUGUCAUCAUGGCUGUGUUGUGGUGUACAUUGUGACAACUAACGCCAAGAUGAUGAACGACAUCAUAGAGGAACCGGAGAAGGACACUUUGCUGGAGGCGCAGCCGGAGACACAAGUUGUGUCGGGGCCCAGUAAUGGCACAAGACCUAAGGCCGCUGAUGGAGGGAUCAGACCUGUGGAGAAAAGAGGACCCUACAUCAUGUCCAGAGUUCCAGCAAUCCACCUCAAACUACAGAAACAUCGGGAGAUGGCGAGGAAGGCACUGAAGAAGAAAGCCCUGUCACCUGGACCCCCAGUGACGCAUCAGCCCAGACAAGGAGCUAAGAGGACGAUGAAGUAUAACAAGGGCUACGCUGCCUUGAGUCAGCACGCUGAGGACUCUUUGGUUGCUCUGGACUCAGACAGCGAUGAAGAGAUCGAUUUUGAGCAGUAUUCCUCAGGAUACUCCUCAGCUGAGGUUCACCCUGAUCUAAGCAGGCAGCUGCUUCAGGACGGCUACCGUCUGGACGAGAUCCCCGAUGACGAGGACUUGGACCUGAUUCCGCCCAAAGCCAUGGGCUCCUCCGUGUGCUGCUGCUCCGACAGCCCGUCCUGCUCCAUGCAGUGAUGCCGGUGCCGAGACUCGAACCUUACAAAGGCUUGGCACCAGUUCCCGUCGCUGACUCUAGUCACUGGUGCCUGACGCCCUCUUUCUGACCGCAGCUGCACUGCUGUGCUGCCUGAGGACUUCCAGCUCUGAAGCCAAACUCCUGUUCACGCAGGACUACAUGCACCAAUAUCGCUCAACCCCCAUGAAAACGCAGAUGGACAUAAGAACAAGCCUUAUUCACUGUGACCCCAAAGCUUGACCUAUUUUUAAAUGUUUCUUGUUUUUAUAGAACGUCAUGAAAUGCUAACUAUGCCACUGCUCCACAUAGAGCGGCAGAGCAAUUCAUAAUUUGGGAUAUGUCCUCGUUCACCCAAUGAGGAGAUGUCUCUGCCGCUCUGGUGAACAGAUCUGCUGCUCUUGUGGAGGAAUACUUCACCCCCAAAAUGAGCGUUUGUGUAUGAAUCACUCGCCCCGUGUUACCUUGAAUUCUAGAAAACGUUCCUCUCAUGCCUCCACGAUGAGAAACUGAGAAAGGUCUUGAUGAACUGAUGUAAAUGGGGGCAGAUUUUAACAACAGCUAAAGGAUAUGAAAGCAUCGCUUUACAAACUCACACAACUGGUGCAGAAUCUUCUAACGUCUCCAGUCGUAUGUUCACUACUUCACAAACACCUGAACUUUCCACUCAAACAUUUACUUCUGCACCAACAGUCUCACGCGUGUGCUACUCGUCCUGUCCAGAGUUUGUAAUGCUAUGUUUUUAGUGACGAUGUUUGUGAAGUAUGAGACGUGGAUUAUUCUGCACCAGUUGUGUGAGAGUUUGUAAACAGAUGUUUUGCUGUUAGUUACUUUAAUUCAUCUGGAAUGGAGGCAUGUGAAAAAAACAAAGUGUUCUUUAAGAAUUUGACAUGGCGUGAGUAAUUCAUAUAGAAAUGAUCAUUUUGGGGGUGAAGUAUUCCUGACGUGUCGUGUUUUAUUGUUCUGAACGUUCCAUUCAUUGACGUGAUCGUUGACAUUCCCUGACUGUUGUUGCAUUAACUGGUUUCUUUUCUUUACUGAAUUUCUCCUCAAACAUUGUAUUAGAUUUUUACUCCCAAAUGACACUACAUUGAAACUGGAUGUGUGCGAGUGAAGCUUUUCUAGCAUCUGUAAUAAUAGUUGGAGGUGUAGAAGAGAAGCCUGGCGCAGGAUAUGACCUACUCUUACCAAAUGUUACACUUGUGUGUGGCACAACAUGAGCAGAGGAGUUACUUCAGUGCUUUGAUGAACCGAUGACAUUUCAUUCACAAUCUCUGAGUUGUAAGAAAGACUCUGCGCUCCACCUUUAAAACAAAACAAGCGGUUACAAAAAGAUUCCCAUACAAGUCAUCUUAAGACAUUAAGACGUCGAUAUGUUUCUAAUUUAACCCCCCCCCCCCCCUUUUUUAUAAACAAUUCGGGUUAAGAAAUAAUUCAAUAGAUUUAAAUGUAUUAUUAUUUUUUUAUCAAGAUGGAUAUGUAGCAUUUUGGAUUAGUACCUUGUCCAGGAUCUGAUAUAACUCUUAACACUUUAAAACCUCAGUGUGUGUGUGGACGGCAGAUUUGAGUUACAAUGUUUUAUUUAUUUAUUAGUAUAUUUGUUGGGACACUAAAAAUAGUCGUUACAGGUUUUAAAAAAACAGUAAAUGCCAUUUGCAUAAGGAUGGAGGUAUAUUUGUUAUUUGUGUUGGUAUGUUCAGUUUGUGUUAUGAUGUGUCUGUUGCUACACAAUAGACACGAGUGAGCUGAAAAAUCUUCUUUUAUUCUAUUUUAUUUUUCCACUUAAAGAAAUGUAUCCGUUCACUCAUGUUACACUCGGUCAUAUUGUUUUUCAUUUUUAGUAAUUUUUUUAAACCGCAUUAACUAAACAAGAUGAAUAUCAGAGGAAGUGUUCACUUUCUCAGGAGGUGGUUUUUCCUCGUGUGCAACUAGAAGGUGAUUUGCCUUUCACACACAUUUGUAAAAAGAAACAGAGUUUGGAGAUUGCACAAAGAGGUUUGAAGUGAGGAUGAAUGUGCGGCUGCUGCUUCAGCUGCUGGGAUGUUUGCUGUUACACAGCGUAACUCUCACAUACAUGAAAGGUCACAGAUCACUUGACCACCGCAAAGAAUUUAAGGACUGGAGAUUUAUUGUGCUAGAAGAAGUAGGAACCUUGAUUUGUACUUUGUAGAGUCGGGAUCAAUUCACUAAUUCAAAUGAUGUUAAAGCCUUUGCAAUGAAAAUGUCAACAUAUUAACUUAUGUGCACUUUCUCCUCACAGCUCUCCAUUAUUCUAAUUUUACUGAUUUAGAAAUAAAAGCAGAUUUUUGCUAUUACACUCAAGAGUGAGUCACUUGAUACAGGCAUGAGGUGAAUGCAUUCAACAAGAGUUCAAAGUGUGUUGACCCCGGCUCCCUGGCCCCGCAAGAUGUUUUUAUGUACACGAAUAUUGCACUUAACACCAGUGGUCAGUAGCAAGUACACUUGACUCACCUGUACUAUGCAACUAUUGGGACAAUCUGCUUGUUAUACAACAUUGUGACAGCGUAGUGUUAUCGAGUGCUAAAUGCAAUAACUGAAUUAGUUAUUUUAUGAUGGUAAACUAAUCUUUUUUUAUUUGAUUGUAUUGUUUAUUGGUUUACAUUAUUAAAAUAAAACGUAUCUAUACUUUCA